GUUUGACUCCUUGUAUAGCAGUUUAACUCUUAGACUCCCAAGAUGUGAUUGCCAAGAGUGUUUUUGAGAUUAUUUUAAAGAGGUGUAUGUAUAUAUGUAUCAUAGCUUUUUGGUUAUAAGGCAUACUUAGUCAAGUUCCCAAACUGAAAAUUACAUGAAAAUACUCGGUUAUAAGACGCACCACUACAGUAUAUCAAGUGUAAAACUCAGUUUUACUUAGUCUUGUUCUCUCUUAAUUUUGACUUUAAGUUCUGCCACGCAUAAAAAUCAGCAAGUAUUGUUAUGCAAGCUCAUUGAUUGACUGACAUGCCACUUCUGCUGUGAAAAUCGAGCUUGUCAGUGUUAGAAGGCUUAAUAGCGAUGACUUUGACAAACUAACCAUGCCGCAGAACAAUACUUGUCAAACUAGUUUGAACUUGCCUGCGACCACUGGCAAAAUGCAUCAUCAGCAACUUUUCUUUAGUUAUAAUUUGAAGUACUUGUCGUGCAAAUUCCUACAACUAGUUGCAAGGUACUAUUACAUCAAAGAGUUUUGUUAUAUGACUUGUUUUGAGGCAUUUAUCUAAAAUAUCAGAGAUCUUUUAUUGUUGUAAACCAAAUGGGUGACAAAUCAUAUGUAGGUGUAACUUGAAGGGUUUUAAAAUCUGUGUUUGUGAAUUGCUUCAUUCUCUAUAAGUGUUUUGAGGAUAACCAAAUUGAAGUUGUUUGUUUUUUUCAUUAUUGUGUAAUUUUUUUUUAGAACAAAAAAACUGCGGUCAACUGCAGGAAGUUGUCGUUUUUCUCUAAAAAGUCAGGAAGUUUAUCAAAUAGCCCAAGGUUAAUGACAAUUUUUAGUGUCAUUGUGUUAUCUGUAUUUUAUAUGUGUUUAAUGUCACAUUUUCAAAAAAAAAAUUUUACCAAUUGAGUUGUUGUUUAUUCAAACAUGCUUUUACAAGGGACAUGUUACAGAAGAGUCAAAUCAAGAAAGUCAAAAUGGGGUGUUUAGUGCUACAACAGGAUUAAAAGUUGUUUUCUUGCCAAAAUCCUGCAGGUCACCUGUUGUUAAAUAGAUUAAAUUUCUUUUGUUGUCAGUUUUAGCAGUACUAUUACAUAAGAGACAACAAAAGUGUCAGAUAGUGAUGAGACAAUCCAGCAUUCAUCAGAUAAGCUUCUUUGUUGUUACAAGUCAAACAACUAGCAACUGAAGGUCAACAGUGGUAGAUAUCAGGUUUCUAUUGUCUUUAAUUGUUUUUCCAUUAUGUUAGUGGCUGCAGAGACAAUGGCUUUUGUGCUUCUCAUGUUAAAUUUGGCGUGAGAACAAUAGUUUGCAGAGGUGACGAGUUGCACGACACAUAUUUAAAUGACAAGCCGGUGGCUUUUAGCUUAGUCAGCUUGGAAAAUUAUUCAGUUUCACAUGUUAAAGUGUAUUUGAAACUUUGGAUCAGUUCAGAAGUUAAAACAAAGUGAAGAUGUCGUGUACUCUGGAUUCAGGCUUUCCAAAAAUGAUGCACUGGGACAAAGACUUAUGCCACAGUUUUCUGUCUCCACUGGGAACAGGGGAAGAUUCUCAAGACAAUUUUUUGCCAAGCGAUAUGAGACCAUAUGGGCAGUCAUUCCCGUUCAUACCAAGUUCUCAGGCACCAGUGGAUUUGCCAACAUCUACUAGCCCCAAUCCCCCAGCUUAUCCACACAACAUUCCAUGCUCUCCUGGCCUUGUGUCAGUGCACCGCAGCUCAUCUUCCAUCUCACCAAUAAACACUGCACCUUAUGAGACUCAGUCCAGUACAUACAGUGAUGCUUCAACCCCUGGGACCCCAGCAGCAUCAUCUCCCAACAUGGUGCCUAACUACAUGUACCAACCUCAGCCUCAAUCUCGCUUACCACAAAUUCCCAGCACCACAGAAUACCCAGGAGAUUUGAACUUCCAGAUAUCUUUUGGCCCUAUUACUGAAUCAGCCUCUAAGUCCGCCACAUGGACUUAUUCGGAUGUCUGCAAGAAGCUGUAUGUGAAUCUUAACAGCUACUGUCCCAUCAAGUUCAAGACAUCUCAGGCCCCACCACACAAAACAUACUUGAGAGCUGUUGCGGUGUUCAAAGGCUCCACCAAUUUGCAUGAUGUGGUAAAGAGGUGCCCAAAUCAUAUGGAAAAUUCCAAUGAUGGCUCUGCUCCAAACAACCACUUCAUGCGCAGUAACAAUCCUGCAGCUGGUUAUCACACUUGCCCGGAGUCAUCUAGACACUCCAUAAUUAUUCCUUACAGUGGCCCACAAGUUGGUACAGAGUAUGUUACGGAGAUGUUUGCCUUCAUGUGCUUCUCAAGCUGUGCAUCAGGGCCAAGCAGACGGCCAGUUGAAGUUAUUUUUACAUUGGAGAGGGAGGGACAAACUCUUGGCAGACGUGUGGUGGAAAUCAGGGUGUGUGCCUGUCCAGGGAGGGACAGAAAAUCUGAUGAAAGGAUUGCUUGUGGUGAGCCUAGCUCAUCGCAGGGAGCCAAACGCACAAGGAAGGGGUCAAAGGGUCCUUUGUCGAAAAGGAGGAGAACCAGCUUCAGAUCUCACGAGGAGGAAUAUUCUGUUUCUACAAGGAACUAUCAUGUCUACGAGAUUCUGCAAGACAUGAAAGAUAACCUUGAUGAGAAAUUUGAAAGUUGGAAUAUUCAAAGCCCAGAGCACUCUACGGUUUUGAGUACGUCUGAAGACGAGGGUGAACAGCCUUCGACGUCUGGCAGUCCUGGAGCUUUGUACAAGAGAGUGGGUCAAUCAUCCAUGUGAACAGCUGGAAAGAUUCUAGCAGAGCUCCGUUGCAGUUCGUUCAUGUAGAUCUGCGAGCUCGAUAAACCAUUCUCAGUAACUGUUAAAUGUGAUUUUUGUUUUGGUCGGUUUUUUUUUUUUCUAUGGUUUCUUUUCUCAGCUGCCGAACCAUGGGUGAAGCAGAGUGUGUUAUUACUUCGAAUUUCGUUUAAUUUACUUCUUUUUGGUUAACAGUAGAGAGGUCACCCUUGCUUUUUGGUAGCUGUUUAUCAGUUUAUAGUGCUGUUUUUCAAAGCUUUAUUCAUCCUAUUCUGUGUGCGUUGUUUAAGUACUGAAUUUAUUCUUUUAAUUUACAUAUUGGUUAAAAAAUUUAGCCUUCUCCAUUUCAGAGGUUGUGUGAACGCACCUCAGGGGGAUAAUUUUUUGCUCGCGUAUUGUUAAGUGAAGGAAGCUUCGCUUGUAACUUUGACUCUGAUUUAUUCGGAAAAAUCCUAUGAAAAAAGGUUUAUUGGUAGGCUUUGGUUUUACAGAGCGAUCUCCACUACUAAACGCAAAGCGUGAGAAAAUUCAAUCACAUUUAGUGAUCAGCUCAAUUAAUUUAUAUGCAAGUGUCUUCGUUUUGGAAGACAGAUCGAAUUUGGUUUUACAAAUGUCUGAUUCUACUUCAAUUAUGCGUUUUUGUGGACGCAAAACUUAUAAAAUGACGCAUUUCCGAACGUUAAUGGCACUGCUAUUUUUGAAUGCCUUUUUUCUAUCAUCCACUUUGUAAUAUCAUCAAAUUUUUUUGUUGUACAUAAAUGCUGUGAAUUUCUCACUCAAAAUGGCGGCCAAGGUUUGGGCCAAACUUCACGUAUUGAAAGAAAAAUAUUGAGAAAAAAGAGUAAGUAAAAUUUAUUUCGUUGGUAAGGCUAAGUUAUUAGGAUUUUUUUUCGAUGGUUACAAGUUUUUGUCAUAGUUGAAUUUUGUUAAAUAUGGGGCGACGCCCCCAAAUCGUGUCCAUUUUGGAUUGAUUUUGCAAUCAGAGCACUUCCUUUCGCUUUUUGUGAAAAGUUCGUUCAUGAAGCUCGUUGUGUUAGUCAUCGCUUUGAAUUUAUCGCUCGUUCAACCUCAACUUUGGCCGCCAUCUUGCAGAAGUACUGUUAUGUCUAAUUCGUUUCUGCAAAGGAUUUAUUUUGUUUACAUCAGAUAGGUAACUAUACAAAGCUGGCUUUCAAAGUAAUAUAUAUAUAUAUAUAUAUAUACACAUUUUGUUUUUGAUUGCUUCUAAAUUUUAGCUCCUUCACUUAUUGACGAGGCGAUGGUUUAAGGUCUCGGUAUCUCUUGCAAAAUCAGUUGUGUUGGCUUUGAAACGAAAACCACUUAAUACCUUUAUGGGGUUUCGUUAUUCUUUUUAAAAUGCGUUUUCGUAUGGAAUUACUUUUAUUCUCGUUUUAAAGAUGAUCAGUGAGUGAAGGAGGUAAAUCGUUAAUGGUAAGAAAUGCUAUCUUUUUAUUGAUUCUACAGUUCUCGAGGGAUAAGGAGUUUAACGUUAGGUUGAGCAGGUUACUGUUCCAUAAGAUCAGAUCUAUUUUAAACGUUGUCUUAGUUUUUUUUCGAGAGACUUGUGGGAUUUUCUCGCCUUGUUUGUCGUCUUUCGACAAACAAACGUUCUUGUAGUUUGCAAUCAUUUUAGCUUCACACAACUUGCCUGGAAGUCGUUCCAUACGCUCGCUCGCUGACGUGGGGUUUGCAAUGGGUUUGUGAUCGAGGUGUCAUUUUAUAGAGAAAUGAAUUAAAAUUGAAAUCUUAAAACCUACA